GCUAUCCUGCAGCGCGUACACACUCCUCCACUGCCGGUGAAGGAAAGUAUGACAGCGCACUACAAGCCUUCAAGCCAAAGUCAUCCGCUCUAGCGCUGCCGUCCGCUGUCAUCAUGUCUGAGAAAGAGCUCGGCCGAAAGUGGGACCGCUGCCUCGCAGACUGCGCUGUUAAAUUCGGUACCGGUCUGGGUCUAGGAAUUGUGUUCUCUGUUGUUUUCUUCAAGCGCCGGACGUGGCCCAUUGUGUUUGGUGCAGGACUGGGUCUUGGCAUGGCUUAUUCCAACUGCCAGAAUGACUUGAGGUCACGUUAUGUACUGCACAGUAAAGUUGCUAAGGAGCAGUAGAGUCACGUCAGUUAUGUCAUCUGCCUUGCUUUUCAUAUUCAAAGCCUGACACAAUCAGACUGGUUUUUCAGACUGGUUGACUUUCUUUCUCCAUAACGUCCAUGUUGUACAGGACAGUCUGUGUGUAUUUAAUAAAAUAUUAAAAAAGGAGAUUAGUUUGCUAAGGAUGAUUUGAAUGUGAUUUUUUUUUUUAAUUUAUAAAAAAUGGCCCUACAGUAACAUGCGUUCCAAAAAUCAUAGCCUUCUAUUAGAACCCCAGUGACAGCAUCCCACGCUGUCGUCUAGCUUUUGACCAAGGCCAAGAUGAUAUUUGGCAACCGUGCUAAACUAGUGCACUUUGCUUAAAUCAAAACAUUUGCUCAAACCUGCAGUGGGUCCAGAGCAGUGUUGGCAUGGUGACAGUUCUUCAGUAGUGAAGUACAAGCAUUCCUUUUUUUUUUUU